UCUACUCCAUCUUGCCCAAACCGGAAGUCCGAAGUUCAUCAUCUUUGAGUCGUGCCUCCAGAGUCUCGUCAAGUGGUGUCACUGUCCAGCCUGUGGCAGCCAGGACAUAAGCCCUUCUUGGGAUUCGAACGGUACACAGCUGACCAUGACUAUACAAUGUGCAUCUUGUGACCAGAGGAUUAGGUGGAUCAGCCAGCCAACCAUUGGCCCUUAUGCCGCGGGCAACAUCCUGCAUCUGCUGGCAUCGUCUUCACUGGCGCAUCUUCUGGCAAGGAGCUCAUCCUGUAGCCGGCCAUCAAAAAGGUGUGGGAGGAACAGCAACGGACGCACCUCACCAUGCUGCAGGUGGAAGGCCGACCCCUCGUCCUUGGUGGUGAUGGGCGAGCAGACAGUCCGGGACACAGCGCCAAGUUCUGUACCUACACCACAAUGGAGCUUGAGGCCAUUGUGGUUCUCGACCAUUCAGGUUGUACACAGCAAUGAAUGUCAUGGCAGCUACCAUAUGGAGAUGGAAGGACUGAAGAGGAUGGUGGAGCUGCUGAUCAGCUGGGACCUGGAUGUCGGGGUGCUGGUGACAGACAGACACAGACAGAUCGCUAAAUCGAUUCGCGAAAACAUGCCCAAUACACGGCACUGCUAUGACAUCUGGCAUGUUGCAAAAUCCAUCGGGAAGAAACUGAAGGCCAUCGUCAAGCUCAAGGACUGUGAAGACCUGAAGCCAUGGGUGCUAAGUAUAAUCAACCACCUCUACUGGGCAGCAGUGUCUACACCGCCUGGAGAGGGGGAACUUCUGUUUGCCAAGUGGAAGUCUGUGGAGCGACACAUUCAGAACAUCCACAAGGACCAUGGCGACCUCUUCCCAAUUUGUGCUCAUGGACAACUGCACGGUAGAAGGCUGCAAAAGAAAUUGCUCAAACUAAGUUCACGCUCAGCAGUGAAACUGGAGGAGGUGGUUAACAACAAGUCCCUGCUGAAAGAUAUCGCCAUGCUGUCGGGUGAACACCAGACUUCCAAGGUGGAGGCGUUCCAUAGCCUUAUCAUACAGUUCGCACCGAAAAUGUAUGUCUUCACAUACAUCGGAAUGCUGUGCAGGAACCUGCUUGCUGGGCUGCACUGGAAUGAAAACUCGAGCCGCCCUAUAGCCACUACACAAGCGGGUGCUGAGCGCUAUGCAGUACGCUACCCGAAGUAUAAAGCAGGGGGCCAUGUGGUCAGGAAAAUCGCGACAGAGCCAACAUACCGUGAGACUAGGCAGAGGACCAGCCAUCACAAUGAAAGCAUGCACCAGGCGGUCAAACUACGCCAACCUCUAGGUGUGGUCAUUGAAGUGCCACAAGCCUCUACAGGUUUUUCUCCCUUUGAGCUGCUCUACGGGCGGCAUCCACGGGGGCUGCUAGACCUCGCCAAGCAAGCCUGGGAAAGUCAGCCCUCCCCCCACCGGAACGUUAUAGACUAUGUGGAACACCUACAGGAGAGAGCCAGAAGGUAUUGGUCCCGACGGCAGAGUGCAAAUUCUUGGCUAUGUGGCACGGCCCUUACGAGAUCGCUUAAGGAGUGGGGGCCGUCAACUACCGUGUUCAGCAACCAGGCCGGAGGAAAGAAACCCGCCGUCAGUGUAGGCGUGGACCUUAGACCAGCCCAAGUCCAAGAUGUCCAAGAACUCUUGGGCCGCUACCGGGACAUUUUUGCAGAGAUGCCCGCACACAUGUCAUAG